GCUGCCUGAGCCGAGGAGGUGGCAGCCGUUGACAGGAGGUGCAGGUUGGCGCUUGGGCAUGCGGGUCUCUCAGGUGCCCUGGUCACUCAUCUGGGCAGUCCUGCAGCUGGGCUGGAAGCCGGGAUGGCUCCUAGAGACCCCAGACAGGUCUUGCAGCCCCUCCUUCUCCCCAGCACGGCUCUCAGUGCCUGAGGGCGAAAAUGCCACCUUCACCUGCAGUUUCUCCAACUCAUCAGAGCACUUCGUGCUGAACUGGUACCGGCUGAGCCCCAGCAACCAGACAGACAAGAUGGCUGCCUUCCCCAGGGACAGCAGCCUGGACCCACGCUUUCAGGUGGCUCAGCUGCCCGAUGGACGGAGCUUCCAGAUGAGUGUCCUCUCCGUGCAACAAAAUGACAGUGGUAUCUACCUGUGUGGGGCCAUCUCACUGCGACCCAAGGCGGAGAUCAAGGAGAGCUGCCGGGCAGAGCUCAUGGUGACAGAGAGAGUCCUGGAGCUCCCCACAGCGCACCCCAGUCCCUCGCCCAGGCCAGUGGGUCACCUUCAAGGCCUGGUUGUUGGGGUCAUGAGUGUCCUCGUGGGUAUCCCGGUGCUGCUGCUGCUGGCCUGGGUCCUUGCUGCCGUAUUUUCCAGGACUGAACCAGAGGCUGAAGGAGCUGGGAGCAAGGAGCAGUCCCUGAAGGAAGACCCCUUGGCGUUGCCCAUCUUCACCAUGGACUAUGGAGUGCUGGACUUCCAGGGACGAGAGAAGACCCCAGAACUCCCUGCCUCCUCUGUGCAUACAGAGUAUGCCACCAUUGUCUUCCCUGAAGGGCUAGGUGCCUCCUCUCCAGGCCGCAGGGGCUCAGCCGAUGACUCCCAGGGUCUCCGGCCUCCAAGGCAACAGGAUGGACACUGCUCCUGGCCCCUCUGACUGGCUUCCUUGGACCUCCACAUCCCACAGGCCCUCCAUAGAAAGCCCAGGGCAGGGUGGUCAGUUGAAGGGCAUGCGAGGUGCUGGGCCAUGACAACUUUGCUCCUGUGCCAGUCCCACUCAGGACGCACGUCCCAAUGCUCACCACCAGCUGGAGCAACCACAUCUCUCUCCCUGGCAUGGAGGUUAGGCACAGCCAUGUUACCAGCCUGGUCAGGACAGAGCUGGCUGGGCCUGUGCUCCUGCAUGCCACAGUUGUACAUGGCCAGGGACUCAGGCACUAUCCCUGUGGGCUCUAGGGACCCUGGCUAGAGACUGCCUGGGUGCUGUCCCUGGUAAGGUGGUCCCAGCAUGGGCUAAGCACAAUGCCUGGGGGUGUACACAAGGCAACUUUGUUGGGGCAAGAUCACAUGGGAGGGACCCGGGAUCCUCACCCUCAGCCAGAUCUGGAAAAGUUUUCACAAAAGAAGGCUGCAGUGAGCAGGAAAAGGAACCAGCACCCUCAUCCAUCUGCAGGAGUCACCUCGGCCCUCACACCUGCCUGGGCAGUUCCUCAGGCCUCUCUACAGGGGGAAACCAAGGCAUGUGGGGAAUAUCUAGCCUCAAAUCUACCUGCUUCUAAGCACACACCUCAGCCCAGCCCUGCCUACCUAAGAUAAGUAGCAGGACAGGGCAUCACCCAGCCAUGGAGAGGGGAGGGUUUCAGAGGGCAGGGGCUGGGGCAGUGCGGGCACUGUCCCCAUUCAGUGUUAGUUAAAAAGGCCUGGCCAGGAUCCUGCCCAGGGUGGACAAAGUUGCACAGGGGGGCCAGGGGCCCCUUUCAUUUGUUUCAGCGGAGUUAUAAUUAAAUAAUGAUGAAAGUU